AUGUCACGGGCUAGGGAAGAAGCAGGGGACAGUCGGCUGGUAUCUGGUCGGGAGCCACCAUCACGCAUCAUCAGAGUGUCUGUCAAGACCCCACAAGACAGCCAGGAAUUUAUGCUGGCAGAAAAUAGCAGCAUCUGCCACUUUAAGAAGCAGAUCUCCAAACGUUUUCACUGUGAUACUGACAGACUGGUGCUCAUCUUCACUGGAAAGAUCCUCCGGGAUCAAGACAUACUGAGUCAGCGAGGCGUCCUUGAUGGCACCACGGUCCACCUGGUGGUGAGGAGCCGUGGGAAAGGCAUUCUGCCCGGUCCCAGCACUCUGCCCAGCCCUGCUGGCCACUGUGCCCAUCGUCCAGAUCCAUCCACCUCAGAGAGUGCUAGGAUGCUAGCCAGGCUGGGCCAGCUGGCCCGGACCUCUCCUGAAUUAGCCGACUUCUUUGGCCAGCUGGCUCAACUCCUCAUGGUUGUGCCUGAGCCCACGGGGCCAUCAUUAGAAGACCCUGUGGUUCAAGGUCUGGCAAGUGAGAAACCAGUCAGUGCCAGCUAUGUUCCUGAAUCCUCAAGGCCAGUACCGAAACCUGAGCCAGCUCUUAAGGCUCUGGAAAACUUGCAGAACCCGGCCCAGCAACAGGAACUCCUGCAGGUGGACAAGUGGGGGCUGGAAGCCUUGAAGGCAGUGCCAGGUGGUGACAAUGCUAUGCGUCCAGUCUUCUCUGAUAUCCAGCAUCUCAUGCUGUCCACUCUGGCCCCUCUGGUUGCCUCCAAAGGCCACAACCCAGAUUCAGAGCCUUGCAGAAGGGGCAUUAAUCCUCACAGUUGUACUAACAUCACCACCACGGCACCCACGGUCUCCACACCUGCCAGGCCAUUGGCACAGGAAGUCAGUGCAGGAGUAGCUGCUCAAGCCAGGGAUGUAAUUUCAAACCAGGCCAAUGCAGUUUGUAGGACUGGACUGUCAGACUUAGGCCAGAAUCUUCCCUCCCAGGAGAGCCAGCAGCCCAUUGGGAAAGCCACUCCAGCAAGUCAGCUGAGACCAUCACCCUCUGUCUUGCGCAGAGCCUUACAUGUCCUGCAGCAGAAUCCAGCUCUGCUACACCAGCUGGCAACAGGCAGCCCCCUGCGACAUCAUAUGCCACUCCUUCCCAUACUCACCAACCCACGGGCACUGCAGGCAUUGAUCCAGAUAGAAAAGGGCCUGCAGAUACUGUCCAGGGAGGUACCUGGGUUGGAACCAUGUUUAUGGUGUCCAGUUAGACCACAUGGGGCCAGAGGAGUUUCCGAAACUAGGAGCAGAGGACAGGGUCACAGAGCAGAUCCUGUGCAGCCCACCUUGGCUGUUCUGCAGCUCCUCCACGCUCUGGCCAAUGCCUGCCCUCAGUCUACCCAGUCCUCAUCGUCCUCAUGUCCCCUCACUGAAGACCGCUACCAGCAAGAGCUGGAGCAUCUGAAGGCCAUGGGCUUUGCUAAUCGUGAUGCCAAUCUUCAGGCCCUCAUGGCCACAGGAGGAGACAUUCAUGCUGCCAUUGAGAGGCUUCUGGGAAUACCGGAGGCCUAG